UCCAUUUUGACUCCGACACCGAGCCAUACCUCACGUGUCCUGGGCUGUCUCUCUCUCACAUGACCCGAGUGUUUGUUCCCGUGAUCAGCACUUCCAUCUCCGUCUGUGACACCGAAUAUCACUUUUUACUCUAACCCUGAUGGAUAUGCUUGAACAGAGUCUGGACAGCGCAAGCCAAGAAAAGCAAGAAGAAGAGGUUGUCCAGACAUCUGAAGACGGAACGGGAGAAGAGCAGACAGCUGUCACCAUAGCCAGUGUUCAGCAGGCUGCAGCAUUUGGUGACCACAACAUACAAUACCAGUUCCGAACUGAGGGUGGUCAGGUGACGUACCGUGUUGUUCAGGUGACUGACCAGCAGCUUGAAGGGCGAGAUGAUGGGGGAGGAGCAGUGAGUGUCGUCUCUACAGCCGCCUUCGCUGGGGCUCCUCAGGCUGUGGCUCAGGCUGUGAUCCAAAACCCUUUCAGUAAUGGAGGAAGCCCAGCGGGAGAGACGGUGGGAGGGGAGACGCGCUUCGCUUACUUCCCCGCAACCGCGGUGAGCGACGGGACGGUGUCUGUGCAGGCCGCCGCGGACCCCACACUCACACAGGCGGGGGGUCAGUUUUAUGUGAUGAUGACCCCCCCUGAUGUCAUUCAGACGGGCGCACAACGAACCAUCGCUCCUCGCACACAGCCUUACCCUGCAGAUGAAAACGAGCUGCUGCAGCAUGAAGGUUUAAACUGGAAAAUGGACGGACCGCGAACACCGAGAGAUGAAAGGAGAAGAGCGCAGCACAAUGAAGUUGAAAGGCGGAGAAGAGACAAGAUCAACAACUGGAUUGUCACGCUUUCCAAGAUCAUCCCGGACUGCAAUAUUGACAGCACCAAGACCGGAGCAAGCAAAGGGGGCAUCCUGUCGAAAGCCUGUGACUACAUUCGCGACUUGAGGCAAAGCAACCAGCGACUGCAGGAGAGUGUGAAGGAAGUGGACAGGAUACAAGUGGACAAUGAGUUGUGCAGGCAGCAGAUUGAGGAGCUGAAGAAUGAGAACGCUUUGCUGCGAGCGCAACUCCAGCAGCACGGCAUCGAGAUGGUUGGAGAGACGCCGCCGCAGUAGUGAAGCAGAGACACACAAAAGAGAACAGGGAGGGGCGCCACCACUCAGACAUACAACCGACACGCUGGGAAAGAAGAAGAAGAUGAUGAUGGAGGGAAAUAAAAAAAAUUAAAAAAAAGAAAAGGACUUGAGAAGAAUCCCUCUCUUUGAAUGCAGCCUUCCCUGGGUUUGCAGGUUGAGAAACCCUUCACAGCCAAUUGCGGCUGUACUUGACUGUUCCCGUCCUAUUGAGAUAACCACCUGUUAUGACUCAGUAGAGAAGAUGCCCACUCACCGCCAUCAGUGCUCCACCAGCUCUGAAAGAGAACCUCUGCUCCUCCCUGGUUUUGUAUUUAUGCAGCCUCACUCAUGGACUAUGAUGUUUGUCGUUUCAUUUUUGUUCCCCGCGUCAGUGUAUUCCCCCCCCCCUCCCCAAUUAGGGAUUUUGAUUUAGUUAAUGCUUUUUAUUCUUUUUGUUUUUCAGUUCUGUUUUAAUGUUUGUUUAUUUAGCUGCUUUAAUUUAUUAGUCCGCUUGCUGGCAGAAGCCUUGAUGGAGACCGGUUACAUAGCAGCUCGUGCACCCCAGAGUAGCAGAUUGAAUUUUUUUAAGUGAGAAAACAUCAAAGUAUGAAAAACAUUGUGAUACUACAGACAGAAAUAAUGCGGCUCACCUCGACCCAAAGACAAACAAGGAGCCGCGCUGGCCUCGUCUAUUUAAAUAAGACUUCUUGUGUUUUAAUACUGAUCUUACACAAUGUUAGAGCAGAUUAUCUCUGGGAGUAAACAAUCAAUAACUCAUUAAGUUCAUGGUGGCCCUUUGUCAUAGUAAUUACCAUGAAGUGUGUGUGCAAGCUUGGAAAAAAACAAAAGAAAGUGGUAGACUUGAAUUGUUGGGCAUUUGCUUAACCAGAAAAAAAAUCAUUUUUAAAAGAUCCGACCGUUGAAAUGCUAUUUUAAUUACAAAUUGAAAUGUACAAGUGUGGAUUAACAAACUGGAGAGGGGGGGUGUGGUGCAAAUUCCAACUUUUAUCAAACUAUCUCUAGAUACUGUGGGGUUUUUCCUUUUCAUCUUCUGUUCGUGUGUGAUUUUACCGGAGUCUCGAUACGCGUAAGAAUAAUCCUCACAUGUUUCAUUUCAAGCUGUUUGCUCUAUUUUGGAAUUGCAACACUUCAAAUGCAGCUCAAUGCACACGUGGGGUGGGGGGGGGGCGGAGAGAGGAGGCACCCUGGAGAGCGGCACUCUGCUCACUAUAGAAUAUACUGCGUUGCGCUUCUUAGUUGAGCACAACUCUGUCUCUGUGAAAUGAAGGAAUACUUUGAAAGUGGUGAAACCUGGAAAUGAGCUCACAUAUUUCUCCACCCACUCAGGCGAACAAUAAGUAAACUGGUUGUACAAAAACCCCAAGAUUAACACUGUUGAUGAUUUCUUUUGUGAAUGAAUAUACAUGAUGUGUUUUUGUUCCGCUUUGGGCGAUGUGAGCGGAAGCAGAAGAAGAGACAUCGAGCUUGGGAGCUACUUAUUAGAGCACGGUUGCUUCUCUUCUCCCUGUGUCAACAGCCGAGGAUCCAGCAGAGCACAAAUCAGGCCGACGAUCACAUUUUAAUAUCUCAAGACUCUGCAAGUUAACAGCUCGGGCUUUGGGAGUGCUGUUCAGCUACUACUGCUAGAUUCAAACCUGAUAUGGAUAGUGCGAGUGUCUGAUCUAUCAAACGAGGCUCCUCGCCAAAGUUGAAUGACAGAUGUUAUGCGGUAGAUUUUUUGUUCCAACACCUCAUUGAGAGCAAUGCAGAGAAUGUGAAUGUGAAGACAUGAAUAAUGCUUUGGAAGGCGGAUGUUCACAAAUGAAAAGGUCACUCGUGGCUGAUUUUGAUUUUAUUUUUCUCACGUUUCUUUUUGAGGAAUGGCAAAAGAACGAAGAAAAAAAGAACCCUUUCUGUAGCAGCCUCACUUUUCUCAGGUUAGAUUUUAAGACACCUUUUCUAAGUAAAAUGGUGAAGAAUAAAACUCUCACUAGCUAAUAACCUUCAUGGACUUUGGUUGUGGCUCAUUUUCCUUCCCCAGGUCUUGAACAUAUACAAAGGUCAACAUUUAAAUGACGUUGGUUUUCAGUGGUGUUUGUCCGUCUGUUUGCAGGAGAACAGAUUAUAACUGAUGGAUUUGAGUGAAAUGAAACGCGGGGUUCACUGAACAGUCUGUCUCACAACUCAAACUGUAGUUUCAGAUGAACUCUUCAGUAGUCCUCACCUGUUUACAUCUAAGCAAAUAUGCCAUCUGGAAUUUUCUCAUCUCAUUUGAUCUUGACUGAAUUCGGUACAUAGAAUAUUGAAGCCCAUGAAAACGUGGUUUAACAUCUUGGGCAUUUCUCUAAAACCUUAAAUAGUCGUGACUACAUUUGCAACAAUCAAAGUUUGAGUAUAGGGGGAAAAUACCCCUAUUUAUUGUUAAGUAAUAAUGAAAAAUGUAGCUAAACUGCUUCAGCACAACUGUGUGGGUGUUUAUUGACCAGAUUUGAUUAGCAGUGCUGGCAGCAAACAACCCACCAACUGUCAUUAGAGUUUGAUUCAAAUAAUGCCAAAUCCUGAUUGGUGUACAGAAGUGCGAGGAAUCAUCAUUUCCCAAUGGAGAUGAACACACACACACCAAAACGCAAACUCACAAGUCCGUCAAAGCAACCAAAACUGUUCUAACUGGCAUAAAAAACAACAUGUGUGUUCAUGUCGGACUCCAUCCCUCAUUGUUAGAAACUGAUUGAGAAAAUAGAGCAUUUUAGAUGAGCCAAGAAAUGUCCUAUUGAUGUGGGCUACUUGAGAUUACCUGCCACACUUGUACUCCACCAAAUUUAGAUUCAUACAUUUACUCUGAGGGAUCAAAUGUAACAGAUGGGGGUUUCAUCUUCAGAAAUAUGAUGCAUUGAGAUGUCAGAGCGACUGAAAAUCACCACAAAUCACCAUCGUGCGAAGCUCUAAUAUCACUACGCAUUGUAUGCAGGUAUCCUCUAAAAGCUGCUCAGCCAAUCAGCUUGAUUCACUAAGCAGCUCCAGAUCGAUGUCCUCUCUUAAAAAAUAACACAUUUGGAGGAGUAUGCUUCCUUGGAGAAAGGGUGCACUCGCUCUUCAGUUCACCCCAAUCGAUUGAUCAGCACACUGGUAAAAUUCAAACCAGUUAGUUAGAACUCACAGAGGGCACCUUGGGGCGAGAGAGAUCAAUGGUGGAUCAAAGGCGCAUCAGUGAGAUUGACUUUGACUUUGCCGGUCGGGGCGUUGGAGCAUCAUUCUGCCGCUCUUAAAGAGGGAGCAGCCGUGAUUUGGAUAAUCUUUUAAGUGCAGACUGGGGUGCCGCACGUGCCCAAACCUGUAAGACUAUUUAUAACUCAGACUCAUUAUCUAUCAGGAUUCAUUAGGCGGCCGAAGUGUGUGUUGCAUUUGCCUCGGUUUUGUCUUGCUAACCCCCCCUCUGGAGUCUCCAGGCUCAUCAGCUGCCAUUCAAACACACUCAGCUAGCCAGGCAGGCGUCUGUGUGUUCCUGUCUCUGUUUGAAGUGGCUGAUCUCUGAUAACACGUACUUCUCUGAUUGGGACAUACUGCUCGGUCUGUCUGUCGGCCUCUUUCACCCCAAUCCUGUAAAAGCUCACUG